AUGUUGAGUUGUUGCUGCCGACUGCGUCUAACCACAGUUUCUCGUCCACUCCAAAUCUUUGGCCGUGCCCACCUUCGUUUUUCCUCGACGGCCUCAAUAUUACGUCUACCACCACAGUCGGCCCCAAGAACAGCUCCCACCCCACUUGUCUUUAUUUCCGCUAAUGCAUGGGAUGAUUGUUCGUCGAAAGGGAUGACAAACUUAUCGUCCAUGUUGGCAGAGAAAGGUUUUACUUGCAUACAAACAGACUUGGGCGUAGGCAAGGGCUCCUUCACAGACGCGACGAAUCUAAUGAAGGCAUAUGAAUCUGAACUGCGGUCUGCUAUCAAAUUAUCUACCAUCCCUUUCCCCCCUGUCAUCGUGGCCAGGUCUUCAGCAUGCCUCAUCGCUCAAACGUACAUAUCGUCACAUCCUGCGGCUGGUCUGGUUUUAAUGUCACCCCCGGCGUCUAAUGACGAGCUUCUUGGCUCAAAAUUAUCGACUAGAUUGAAGGAAUUUGACUUUGAACCUGCGUUUCCCAUUGCAAUUAUGGGCACCCAAGACGAGAUCAGGCAUCUCAAACAAGCGAACAGGCUGUGUCAGAAGGAAUACGCUACUGUGGACGUGAUUCAAUUGUCUGACCUGGACGGUCAAGAAGCCUUCGUGAAACUCGAUUCAUGGCUCGAAGAACUUGGAAUAUGA